GUCAUUUUGUGUGCUCAACAGCUAGUGAGGUUGCCCUCAACCUCCAGGGCUCUCCGCUCUCGGUUCCUUCGCCCCGCUCCUCCUCCGCGCCGCCGUCGAGGCUACCACCCGCGCCCUAUCCUUGUAGUCAACGUGCGGCCCUUGCACGACGUUCCCCCUAUGUCUCUGUUCCGCUCCGCCGCCACGCUUUCUUCUCUUGCUGCCGUCGCCGCCGACUGAGCUCUUCCACCGCUGCUUCAUCGCUCAUCUGCCACUGCCGCGGGCCGAGCCACCUCUUCCCUGUUUGAACACCAAAGACAUUGGAUCCAGAAGCAAAAUUCUAUCUCAUAUUAGUGCCUCCUGAACCCCAUUUUGCUUAAUGGACCUCUAUGAGCAAUGGAAGGGAAUCUUGCGGAUCCAAAAGUUUCGGCGAAUGGUGUCAUAUGCUGGCUUCUAUUGCUUUGUCACUCUCGUUAGUUAUGCCUAUACAAGCAACACAAAGAGGGCAGGAUUCUCUAAUGCUGACCAGUACUAUGCUGCUUAUCCAGCCAGCAUCGAGCUUUUGACAGAUACUGCAAAGCUGUACAAGGUGGCUCUUGGAAAUUGCUUUGAAGAAGAGGAAUGGGGACCAAUUGAGUUCUCCAUCAUGGCAAAACAUUUUGAGCGCCAGGGAAAACCUCCAUAUGCGUACCAUGCUCUUUCUUACAUGGUGAUUCCAAAGAAUGCUGAAUUCAUGCAUCUUCAAGAAGUCUGCUGGUGUGAAAAUAAACAUGCUGCAGAUUCUCGUUUUUGCUGGUCUCUGAUGCAUCUUCAUCACGAACAUGUCAUGUGCAGCAAUACAUGGCGCACCUUCUCUCACAAGGACAACUUGAUGGCAGCGGCUAAGUGCUCAUCGCAUCUGCCUCCAUGAGCCAAGUUUCUGCAUUAUUUUGAAGCUCACGGCGAUGAAUUGCCCUAAGAAAGUAGCAACUCCUUUGUUGAACAAAGCAUACAUACCUAAGAGUUAUUGUCAAAUUUCUUGUUGAUCUUUCAGGCUUAUGCAAUUAUCGUCAUCGGUCAAUUAUAUUACGGGUUUACGAGUGUGUGUGGAUGAGAUGAAUCAUCAUCUUCUGGACUUUGCGGCUUGUGAUUGUGGUGUGUAUUGUGCAGUCGAAGAGUACAAGAUGAUUAAGAAGAUGAGUUUGUAUUAGCAUUUUUUUGGUUACACCAUCGAAUAAAUCUAAAUCAUUGAUGAA